CAAGUCUGCUGAUAAAAGCUGUUGCUGUUUGGCAGCAGCCAGUCAGCCAGCCUGAACCCUGUGCUGGGAACAUCGCUCGCUGCCUCAUCCACAGAAGAUAAGGAAACAUGACAACGAUGCAGGGACUAUUGGUACUAACCGGAGUGGUAGGGUAUUGUCUGUGUGUCACCAUGGACCUGCCCGUUUAUAGGGGUAAAGAGCAUUACGCUACAUAUGGCGAAAAAUUUUCGAUCCCGUGUCGUGUGACCAGUGUCACACGGAUGACAAUAAAUGACCAAGAAAGCUCUUUCUUGGGAGAGGAUUACAUAUUUUCGUCGAGAUUGAAAUCUCUAGCAAUCAAGAAUCCUACCUGCCAGACCACCGGGAUUUAUCGUUUAGACGACUGCACGGUGGACCUCAAAGUGACGUAUAGGACAAUCAAGGUGAAAUUGCCAAGUGUCACCGCUGGGAUCGUGCCAGCGAUGAAUAUCGAGAUAAAGUUAGACAACGUGAAUAGCGUACAAAGUCGGGGUUACGAGCUGUGGAGGUUGGAUAUCGGGCUGCAGGGUGGAGGCCCCCGUUUGCCGUUCAGCUACAGGCUCACUAAGACGGGCUUACUGGUAACAACAGCCUCCCCGGGAGUUUUUCGUACAUACGACAAAGACAACUGCCAGAUGGAGGAGAUGAAGGUGUUUCAAGGAACCCCAAAACAAAAAUUUUCGCUUCUUCCAAUCAACGACAUUAUCGACGAUAUUAAAAGGGACAUGAAGAAAUACAAUGAAUUUAUGAACAAGGGGGUUUACUCAAACACCUGCCCUUCCACACAUAAGAUACUGAUCUCCACUGGGAUCACUGUCUCCAUGAUGACCUUCCUAUCCUUAUAUGCGGUCUAAAAAGUCUGGGGUGUCCUGAACACACAAUACAGUCUGUUUGUCUAUAUUAUGGGCCAGAAUAAUAUACUUUGUUUAAAAAAAAUCUAAAAUAAGCAUUAAUCAAGGAUGUACAAUCUAACACUAAUAUGUAUGCUUGAAAAAUAACAUGUGCUUUGAAAUGUAAAAAUAUAUAAAACGUA